CUUCUCGCUUAAAGCAAGCCUCUGUCUUUCUUUGUUUCCGUACUCCUUCCUUUCUUUCACACAAGAUUCCAACUCCCGAUAUACUGUAUCACAAUUCUGUCCACUGUAUACUCUCUCUCGAAUGCGAAGACGUUAAUACGUCCAGCUCCUUAACAAUUAUCAUGUCCUUCUCGAGGCUUCUUUUUGCUUCACUCGUUGCCUUUAGUCUCGCAGCAUUUGCUUCUGGGGCUACUCGUUUACCCGACGAUGAAGUUGAAGCUCUGCGUGACAUAGCAAAGACAAUAGGCAAGACAAAUUGGAAUUUCAGUGCUGAUCCUUGUGGUGGUCAAUGGGGUUGGGUUGAUCCAAAUCCGGUGAAAGGGAAUGAAAACGCCGUAUCCUGCAACUGCACCUUCUCAAAUGGCACCAUCUGCCAUGUCAUUAGCAUGUAAGAAAUCUCUCUCAAAGUACUCUUUUGUUAGAAGCUGCAGAUGGCCCUUGAUUAAUCAUCCCAAGCCAAACUCCACCCCUGUAGAUAUUUAUCUUCAUCCUCUUAACUACAUGGUAAUAGAGCAUCACUACGAUAUACCAAUAACUUUAUAUUU